AUGUUAUCGGCCCGCUUCUCCCGCGUGUCGCCCACGCUUGCUGCGUUCAGAACGGUUUCGAAGACAAAACAAGCCAAAUCGGCCACAGCUGGCGCCAUUGCCUAUAGAAAAGGUAUCAGAUACAAUUCCACUGCGGCUUUGUACUACCCCAACGAACCAAAAAAGCCUCAGGCUGUUACUGACUCCAUUCCGGGCCCUGUUAGUGUGGAACUCAACGAGGUCUUGGGUGAGGUUUUCGACAACAGAGCUUCGUAUUUUGUGACUGACUACGACAACUCCAUUGGAAAUUAUAUUUCCGACAAGGACGGCAACCAAUUGUUGGAUGUGUACUGUCAGAUCUCCUCUAUUCCUUUGGGAUACAAUAACCCGGAGCUUUUCAAAACCGCACAAUCCAAGGAAAUGGCGAGCGCAUUGAUCAACCGUCCUGCGUUGGCAUGUUUUCCACCGGCAGAAUAUGCCAAUAUCCUCAAGGAGGGUAUCUUGGCGGCUGCUCCCCCAGGAACAGAUAAGGUGUGGACCGCUUUGUCUGGCUCCUGUGCCAAUGAAACCGCCUACAAGGCUGCGUUCAUGUACUUGGCUGCUAAAAAGAGAGGAUCUUUGGAUUUCUCAGAUGAAGAGUUGACCUCUGUAAUGAACAACGAGGCGCCGGGCUCGCCUGAAACCGUGAUCUUGUCCUUUGACAAGGGAUUCCACGGACGUUUGUUUGGCUCUUUGUCAACUACUCGCUCCAAAGCGCUCCACAAAUUGGAUAUUCCUGCGUUCAAAUGGCCUAAGGCUCCCUUCCCUGCUUUGAAGUACCCUUUGAACGAGCAUUCUCGGGAGAAUGCAGAAGAAGAGGCUCGCUGUUUGGCCGAGUUCGAGGAGAUCAUCUGCCAAUACCCCCCACACACUAUUGCUGCCAUCAUUGUUGAGCCUGUUCAAUCCGAGGGAGGUGACAACCAUGCAUCUUCGGUGUUCUUCCAGGGCCUUCGUGAUAUUACCAUCAAAUACGACAUUCUCAUGAUUGUGGAUGAGGUGCAGACGGGUGUGGGUGCUAGUGGAAAGUUUUGGGCUCACGAACACUGGAACUUGACUACCCCACCAGAUAUGGUGACCUUUUCCAAGAAGUUCCAAGCUGCCGGAUUCUACUACUCAAACCCAAACUUGCAACCAAAGCAAGCAUACAGACAAUUCAACACCUGGUGUGGAGACCCAUCCAAGGCGCUUAUCGCCAGAACUAUCUAUCAAGAGGUUGUUAAAAACGACUUGGUCACUAAGACCGCCAGUGUUGGUGACUACCUUUACAAGGAAUUAGAUUCCCUUUUCAAGAGACAUCCUGGAAAGGCUAAAAACUUGCGUGGUGAAGAUUAUGGUACAUUCAUUGCCUUUGACUGCGCCAACCCUACCAAAAGAAACGAGUUCUUGUUGAGAAUGCGUGGUGCAGGCAUCAACAUCGGUGGUUGCGGAGACUUCAGUGUGAGAUUGAGACCUACGCUCGUGUUUGAGAAGUCUCAUGCUGCUGUUUUGCUUUCUGCUAUGGAGACCACUCUCCAAGAGUUGUAG